AUGUCCGUGGCCAGUUCAUACCAUCACGACUACCACGGUCAUCCAGAAACCCACUACCGUGACUACGUCGAUCCCGGGGAGCACUCUUCCAGCCCCGUACGCAGAAACAGAUACGACAGUUCCAGGCGACUGCGAGACGUAUCAUGGGUCUCUACUAACCAACAGCCUCCAUCCCCAGUUCAUGAUCCGUAUGAGCGAUGGCAACCACCUCCACUCGACCCCGAAGACUUCCCCACACCUGUAUUUCCGGGUCAACCACUCCCCGUGGCACACUCCUCGCCCAUGAUGCGGCGUACUCCGUCGCCUGCCAUGCGAAUGCCCUCCCCAAUGAUCGGAGAAUACAUGACUGUGGAGGACCCUGAUUACGAGGAGGAUGAAGUGCUGGAACUACCGGAGGACAAUGGGGAGGUUGACUUUGAUUUCUCCAACGCUCCUCAACAUACAGGUGGGCGGAAAGGUGCACGACGCUGGGUUGGGGGCUUCGUCAAAGGUCUGCGCAAGUUCUCCGGCUUGCGCAAGUCCCCGCAUCGACCAUCACCGUCGAGCGAUUUCCCAUCGUCACUUAGUGCUCAUCAUGAGAAUGAUCCACAAUUUCCAACCAUAUCGAGCUUGAAUUUGCGCCCGCUCACGCCCACCAGAAUAGCGCAAACUGCAGAGUUGAUGGACAUGCCCCAGUCCCAGUUGCACCCACAACCAUCGCCACAGCGUUAUGCAUAUCCGCAGCCUCAUCCGCAUAGACCACCUCCCCCAGCACCAUCGUCGCCAGUGUAUGCUCCCGGUGUAGAUGCUGUCCCUCAAGUACUCUCGACAGUUGAUGAGCGCUCGAGCGAGCAGACUGGAACACAGGAGACACAUCCGCGCCCACACUCCUCCACUGAGCAUGCUCAUUCUCCCCGUACUCAUACCCAAUCCCAUUCACAUUCACACUCACACUCACACCCACACUCACACUCACACUCACACUCACACUCACGCUCGCAUCAUGAUUCACAUUCGCAAUCUCAAUCAACUGUUCACCCUGCCAUCCCCAAUACAACUGUCACCGUGACCGACUAUGUCACUGUUCCCCCGCCCUGGCCCUCUCCUCCUCCAGCUACGCGCAUCAAGCGCUUUCUACACACCCUCGACCAACUCCCCUGGGUUGAGAGCGAGCAAAUCGUCGAUGCCUACUUCCCUGGCCGUUCCUCCCGCCACCGCCGUCACCCAGAUUCACCGGUGGAUGACGGGAAACCUGCAGCAUCGUGGUAUAACAAGCGGCAUGAUUCCCUCCCGAUGGGGAUGGGGAUGGGGAUAGGGCCCAGCAACGCCUCGUUGUUGUAUGGAUGGCCACCACAGAUGCAAAAGGGUUACUCGCAACCAGGGAUGGUUUAUCCACAGUUCCCAUACGGGUAUACGCCUGUACAACCCGCGUUUGUAUACCCGACUACGUUCCCGCAGCCGGGGACAUAUUAG